AUGGCUGAAGCCGAAAAGUUUCUUCUACCACCGCCCAAAUUUAAAGACGAGGUAAAGAAAAGUCUCGAUAGCUUUAGUCGUCACCUGAAUCCUCAUUUUUCAACACCGAACGGAAUGCUGCUAGCGCGCGAUAAACAACCGCCACCGAUGUACGGACCACGUGGUACUACCGUUCCCCCGCGGUUCCUGAGCAAUCCACGGAAGCGUCCAGCAGGUGGGUCACCUUAUUCAAACCAUGGAAACAACCGGCAUGUACAGCCAGGAGGUGGUAACUUUCAAAACAAUUACCAAGGAGGUAAACACAACCGUCCACCAAGGCUCCCGAACAAUGGUGGAUUCGAUAAGGAGGUGAAACCGGAAUUGUUAGUUUUGGAUUGGAAAUUGUGGUGCGAAGGAUGCGACGUUAAUUGCCGCACGGAGCAAGAUUACCAGCAACACCUAUCCAACCAUACAUCGUGUACCGUUUCGGGUUGUAAAUUUGUUGGCCAUCCGAUGAUCAUGAAGCGGCAUCAGCGCCAGACGCACCGAGAUGGUGCUGCUUCGAAGGAGACCUCGGUGGGACCAUCGGAAGAGGAGAUUGAACAAUGGAAAGAAGAACGUCGCAAACGUUACCCUACGAAACAGAAUGUUAUUCUAAGACAAAAUGCACAGGAAGCACGGUUUACUCGCGGUGAACGUAUAGAGGAAAACAAGGAUCGUUUUCCGAAAUGGCCUUCAGCAACGAACGACGAAUCUCGGGAAAACGGACCAAGAAGAGACAAUGGUCCUCCCACGGCCAGGAGAAAACGACCGAAGGGUAGAAAGCGGCCCACGAUUCCAGUACCGUCGACGGUAGUUGAAGAGUAUCCGGGUAGAAUAUGCUUCAAAGGAACUUCAACGUUAAAAGACUACAAAGAUCCACCACUGAAUGGCUUGACAAUGCUUGGGGACUACGGAUCAAGUAGUGAAAGUGAGUCAGACGAGGAAGAACCGGCAGAUGAAGUGGUAGAGUCGAAAUUAAUAGUGGAAUCAGAGUACGUGCUCAGCGAAGGCGAAAUAGUAGGCGAAGUGCCUAGCAAUGGAACCAAUCGUUACUUGGAUGGAUCAACACGACCGAAAACCGAAGUAGAAACUCAGUCAAUUUGUACGAGUACGGAAAAUGCUGCCAACAAAGCUGUAGAAGUUGUCAGUGAAGAAAUUGUGAAGAACGAGAGUGUUCCUGCUGGAUCGUCAACAAGCGCCAUUGCGGGUACGGAAGUAGAAGCUGGACCAUCCACAAAUGCACCAAGUUCUUCAGCGGGAAAAGGAUCCAAACAACAAAAUUCUAAACACGGCAACAACACCUUCAAGGGUAAAGGUGCGAUAAAACGCAACAGACCCUUAUUGGACUAUUCGAAGCUUCGUCGAUCGAACCAGAACACAAUGCUGGAGAAACUGCUCGACUCAGACAUCCGGCAUGAGCGGAACGUGUUGCUGCAGUGUGUGCGACAUGUAAUAGUGAACAAGUUUUUCGGAAUAGGACAAGUGAAUGAGGAAAAAGCACCGACGACUCAUGUUAGUAAUGUUAGCGAAGAUGCUAAGGAUUGAAAUACA